GUGACGGGCGGGAGGUCGCCUGUCCAAUCAGCGGCGGCCUCCCGAACGCGCCUGGCCCUUCUCCAGUCUCAGCCUCGUUCGGCGCCGGCAUCAUGGCCAGUUACGGCUUGGAGGAACGUGGCUGCCUGAAUAGCCUCGAGUACCGGCUGUUCUUCAAGGACAAUAAAAGACAAUACAUCUCCCCAUUACAUGACAUUCCAAUGUAUGCAGAUGCACCUAAGAAUUUGUUCAACAUGGUCGUGGAAGUACCUCGAUGGACUAAUGCUAAGAUGGAGAUUGCGACCAAAGAUCCUUUAAACCCAAUUAAGCAAGAUGUGAAGAAAGGAAAGCUACGUUACGUUGCUAAUGUAUUUCCGCACAGGGGAUAUAUCUGGAAUUAUGGUGCUAUUCCACAGACGUGGGAAGAUCCUGGACAUAAAGAUGAAAAUACUGGCUGUUGUGGAGAUAAUGAUCCCAUUGAUGUUUGUGAAAUUGGAAACAAGGUGUGCAGCAGAGGAGAAGUAAUUCAAGUGAAAGUCCUUGGUACGCUGGCAUUGAUUGAUGAAGGCGAGACCGACUGGAAGGUCAUUGCAAUCAAUGUUGAAGACCCUGAAGCUGCAAGUUAUGACACUAUCAAUGACGUCAGGAGGCUUAAACCUGGGUACUUGGAAGCUACAGUGGAUUGGUUUAGAAGAUAUAAGGUGCCUGAUGGGAAGCCAGAAAACAAGUUUGCAUUCAACGGAGAAUUUAAAGACAAGGAUUUUGCGAUAGACAUCAUCAAAGGCACUCAUGAAUGCUGGAAAGCUCUAAUAUAUAAAAAGAAAGAUGGGGGAGAAAUGAACUGCACAAAUGCAACUUUAUCAGACAGUCCUUUCCACUGCAAUCAAGCAACUGCUAAGGCUGUUGUGGAAGCGGUACCACUUUGUGGAUCUGCCAAUCCAAUACCAGCUGAUGUGGACAAGUGGUUUUACUACGAGAAAAAGUGAUGUGAAGCCAGACGUUGCAGUAGCCGCUGUGUCCUAUUACCAGGAAGCCAUGUGCAGACCUAGACGAAGAUGGAUAGUGUUGUUAAAACUGAAGUUCUAAAUAUGCACAGGUGCACAUGUUGUAUACGUAACCAAAUAAUGUGUGCUCAAAACGUAUCUAGGCCCUACAGAAUCUGAGCAGUAAUUUUGUAAACUCUCUUGUAAACUAUGACAGUCUUUUCCUUAAGUAUCAUGGCAAACGCACCCAUACUUGUUGCUUAUUGGACAUGAGUAAAAAAAACCUGUUUCAACUCA